ACAAAUUUUUAACAUUGUCGUUAUAUAUUUUAUUUUAUUCAUACGAAUAAUUAAAAUUAUAUUUUAUCAGAAAUUUAUUAUAACUUUUAAGAUAUAUUUCGAAGCGUUACAGUUGACGGGAUGGGCAGCGCCAUUGAGCGCACUGACACGGCAGUUCAACGCCAAGGCUAUGCCAUGCAAGUCUAUUUCGACCGUGUCAACUAUGUGCCUCCUCUGUACCAACCCACCUUCCUCAGACAAGACUACACACCGUUCGAAAACAACGAAUCAUACAUUGCCUCAAGCUCACCCGAUGAUGAAGAGAUUGAUGAGGAUGUAAUUGACGUGGAAUUGAAGAUUAUGAAGACAAGCAGGACGAGGAUGAAGAAAGUCAUUAUGUUUUAGUCUUAUUUAGGUUUUGAUGAUUGCCAAAUCGCUCUGGAUAUAAAGAAGCUUCAUUGAAAGACUUAAGGCAGGAAGCAAGGCAAAGCAUAAAGUACAAGAACCAAG